AUGUCGGACUCCGACGCAGACUCACAGCCUACCACGCCUCUUCCAGAAGCUGGCGACGAUUUGGGAGACCCAAACAGACCAAUGUCCGAAGAUCGAGAUACCCCUCCUCCACCCGCAGUUAAUCCUGAUCUUGAUAUGGACAACGCUGAGAACGACAACGAUGAUGACCUCUCUGACAACGAAUCCGAACUGUCUGAAGUCGACGAAGCUGAGUUCGCUGAAUUCGAUCCUACAACGGUUGCCUUGGAGGAUAGGCCCUUGGUCGGAAUCGAUGAGGAUAUUGCUCGGACCUUGAAGGCAGGAAAGCGGAAGCGCGCAGACAAAGAUGGCGAUGGCAGGAAGCCAAAGGAGGCCAAGCGUGACAAGAAGAAGAAAUCCCGCCGUGAUGACGACGAGGAUCCUGAUGGAGAGUUGGUGGAUGGGAAGAGAGUGAAGAAACCAAAACGAAUUGAUGGGGAGAGGAAGGAUAGGGAUAAGGCCAAGGAGCGGAGACCUGCUACACCCGAGAAUGAGGAGAAUUUGACACCGGAAGAGAGGAGACGUCGGGCGUUGGAUAAGGCGAUGGAUGCUGCGUUGAAGAAUCCCAACAAGAGGAGACGCAAGAAGGAUGAAGUGGAUCUAGAAGAAGCUUUCGAUGAUGAAAUCGCAGCCCUGAAGAUUCGGAUGGAGCAAGCUUGCGAAGCAGACAACUCAGCCCGUGAGAAGGGUCAGCCCGCCAUUCAUAAGCUCAAGAUGCUUCCCGAAGUCGUUGCCCUCCUUAAUCGAAACACCGUGCAACAUUCCAUCGUCGAUCCCGACACGAACUUCCUCCAAUCAGUCAAGUUCUUCCUGGAGCCGCUGAAUGAUGGCAGUUUGCCAGCAUACAAUAUUCAACGAGACCUAUUCUCUGCCCUGACAAGAUUACCCAUCGAAAAAGAAGCCUUGUUGAGUAGCGGAAUCGGCAAGGUUGUCCUGUACUACACGAAAAGCAAGAAGCCCGAAAUUGGCAUCAAGAGAACCGCUGAGCGGUUGUUGGGCGAAUGGUCACGACCAAUCUUGAAGCGAAGCGAUGAUUACAAGAAGCGGAAGGUCAUUACGAAAGAGUUUGAUCACCAGGCCGCUCAACUUGCACUUCGUCCUUCCGGAAUCUCAUCAUCCCAGAUGCCGUCAUCACAACGAGCAGGCCUCUCCCAGCGUGACAUCGAACGAGAACGUAUUCUUGCCCAACCCAUCAGAAGCAAUAGAGCUCGGAUGGAAACUGCCAACACCAGUUACACCAUUGCACCACGAAGCAAUUUCGAUGCUAGCAAAGGCUUGGACCCUGCUUCGAGACCGAUCGGCGCCGGUGGUAUGGAAGCAUUCAGGAAGAUGACCGCGAAGCAGGGAAAGAAGAGAUCCUGA